AUGUCCCGCUCCGCACAUCACGGGGCUUCAGCCCGGCUCAGCAUCCACGUCACCUGCGCAGCUCCCAAGGCAGCAUUUCUAAGGUUGUCACCUGGGCGUCUGAAAGUGUUGUCAAGUCGCACGGAUGAUUCCGAUGCACAGCGGGGACAUCCUGUGACAAGAAGUCCUGAUGUAGCCCCCAGGCUCCUGCUCUGGAAGGAAAAGCCUGAUGCGGAGCGCCCCACCCCAAGAGGACAGAGGGAGGGAGGCAGGCAGAGCCGGCGCUUGGGGACGGCAGGGGUCCCGGCGGAGCAGAAGCUCUUCUCCCAGAGGCGGGGACAGACCGGCAGCGGACACCCUGGCGCCCCCCGCAGCCCCUGCCCCCGCGAGGGCCGCUCCCCUGGCAGGGGGCUCCUGCUGGCGGUCUCACUCUUAACCUGGAACCUGCCCACAACUGCCCAGCUCACUGUGGAGUCGGUGCCGCCCAAUGCUGUCCAAGGGCAGGAUGUUCUUCUGCUUCCUCACAAUCCUCCUGAGAGUCUUCCAGGCUAUGCCUGGUACAAAGGGGAACAUACAAAUUUCGACUCUACAAUUGUAUCAUAUGUAAUAAACACACGAGCAGUUACCCCAGGGAUCGCAUACAGCGGCCGAGAGACAGUACACCCCAAUGGAUCCCUGUUGUUCCAGGAUGUCACCCAGGAGGACGCAGGAUACUACACCCUACAGGCCUUACACGGAAGUCUUCUGAGUACAACAGCAGCUGUCCAGCUUGGUGUCUGCCGUGAUUCCUCUCUGACCUCUGGGUGUUGUGGGGGGUGGGGGGUGAAUUGUACUUCACAAUCAGUAGACUGACUGGUAGAGCUUUCCCUCAUGUACUCACCACCUCCUGCUCCCUGUCUGUCCCCCUCAUUCAUUUCUGGAUUCCUAGUCCCUGCAGUGCCAUUCACGGGGUUAGUGUGUCUGGUCAGUCAUUAUCACACAGCAGGACAGAAUGCCCCACCUGCCUCUAUGGGGCCUGAGUCUGGAACUGGUUAUCUGAGAUCCCUUGAGAUUCUGUGCGAGUUUUUGGAAAUUUCUUUCUCUACAAAAUAUUUCAUUGGAAUGUUGGAAAGGAUUGCAUUGAAUCUGUGUGUCUCUUUGGUGGUAUUGUCAUCUUAACUAUGGUACAUCUUCCUGUUCGUGAACAUGGGAUGUCUUUCCAUUUAUCUGUGGUUUUGUAAAUUUCUUUCCACGUGAUUGCUAGAUUUCCCUACACAAGUCUGUUCCCUCAUUGGUUAAAUUUACUCCUAAGUAUUUUAUUCCUUGCAAAGUUAUUGUAAUUUCAAUUAUUUUCUUAAUAUCCAUUUUGGAUAGUUCAUUUUUGUGUGGAGAAACACACCUGAUUUUUGCAUGUUGAUUUUGUGUCUUGCAACCUGGCCGAAUGUGUUUGUUAGUUCUACCAGAUUUGUGGAAUCCUUGGGGUCGUCUACGUAUAAGUUCAUGCCGUCUGCCAAAAUAUGUACAUAACUGUACUUCCUCCUUUCUGAUUUGGAUGCAUCCAUUUCUCCUCCUUGCCUGAUUGCUAUGACUGGGGCUUUUCUACUGUGCAAAUGGGACACUGAAAGUGACAUCCUUGUCGUCUUCCUAUGAGGUGAUUGUGGUCAAUGAAUGCUCUGGUCCCACAGCCGCAAGGGUCCCAGAUGCCCCCAGCCCACCCCCUGCUGAUCUACCAGGUUCAGAAAACGACAGCAGAAAGGGAAACAGAAGGUGAUGGGAGGAGGGAGGACUUGGGGGUCAAACCCCCUGGCCCAGCCCGGUCCUGCCUAGAGCAGCCCCAGGUGGACGCAGGGACUGGCAGGUGCUGCACAGGUUCUGCAAAGGUUCCUGGUGACUGUUUGGCCUCUUCUUCUUUUACAGUGUCUGUCACUCCCCGACAUGAACAUUUACUGCCGCGUCGACCAUAAUGCAGAUGUGGCUUCUUAGUUUCCUCCGUCGGCUGCUCUUUAAGAGCUGUGGCAGGGCCUGCUUGACCCCACUCCCUGGCUAGGGACACAAGCUGGAGCCUGAGCGAGCAAAUCAGCUCUAAGCCUGGGGAUAUUCAGGGAUCCGAAGCCAGGUUCCCGACUCUCCUGAUUUCUGCAGACCCCGAAGGGCUGCCCUGAUUCCUGGGUGGGCCAGACAAAGGCUCCCAUCCCCCCAGGAAGUGGGGGAGCUCCCAGGGAUCGUGACCUGACCCUCCUGCACCACCUGAGAGGGUGUGAAUAAAGAGGACCCUUCACCUCUUUUGUCUUUUGCUCUGAAUGGGAACUUGUCUUGGCAGAAAUUCACCUGA